AUGGCAAAGGGCGAAAGACGAAGGGCGCGGCGGAGAUGGGAGCGGUUUGGAAGAUUACCUCUGGCGGCGGAUGAGAAGGGUAAGAUAUACGCCAAAAUCCAUGACAUGCCACUCAGCCGGCUGCGGUCGCUCAUUCCCUCCUUUCUGGAUGAUGCCGCGGUGGCUGCUUCACUGAGAGAGGAGUUUCUGAAAAAAAGGAAAGCUGUUCCGAUGAUGAAAUUCAACCCGGACGCUCAAAGUUCAAUGCGACAACGAGUUGAAGAGCUGAAAACGACGAACUAUGUGUCGAUAAGCCUUGGAAAGGGCAAGUUUGUUGAUUGGAUCCAUGGGUCAGACAGUGACCCAAAGAACUGUGACCUCCCAAAAGAGCGUUGGGAAUCAGCGGUAGCACUCAAGGAGGCUCUCCACAGGGCUGGCUAUCGCCGUGGAGCGCCUUUGAGGGGCCCCAAGUACGACAUAACUAUAUAUGACUUCGACCGUCGUUGCUACGUGGAUGCGGAAGGUAAACCUCUGGAGGGCGGAGUCGAACCUUUGGAGAACGUAUAUGAGGGUUGAGGAUAUGUCUAGUGUAGAUAAAGAAGUCAAUUCCCAUGAAAAAAUAUGUCAAU